CUCUCUUACUCUUCUCUUUCUCUCCUUCUGUCUUCAGUCCUCUGCUACUCCCUUGUUUCCUCUCUUCCCUUCUCCUCAGACAUCCCACUCCCACUCCCGACCAGGAUCUACAAACCAGUUCCUCAAGGAAAUGGCUUCCAAACAGCCGCUGGGCUACAAGUGUCGCAUAGCUGGAGUGCUGCUCCUCCUCCUGGCCAGUAUUGCUGCUCUAGUUGCUGUGGCGGUCAUUCAGGACACCUGGGCGACUAAAGAGUACACAAUAGAGUAUGGUAUAGUGAUAGACUCUGGUUCAUCUCGGUCAAAUGUGUACCUGUACGAGUGGCCAGGGGAGAAGGAGAAUGAAACCGGAGUGGUGACUGAGAGACAUAACUGCAGAGUUGCUGGUGAUGGUAUCUCAGAGAUGAAAGUCGACCCAGAGAAGGAUGCCAAAUCGUGGGAGGCAUUCAACACGUGCAUGGGCGAAAUCAUGAAAAUCAUUCCUGUUGAAAAGCAUAAAACCACGCCACUCUUUCUGGGAGCCACGGCUGGAAUGAGACUGCUGCAUGAGAGGGAUGAACAGAGGUCCAAUGAAAUCCUGAAAAACCUCAGAGAAUACCUCAGCUCUUUGCCUUUUGACUUCCAAAAUGCAUCCAUCAUUACUGGUCAGGAGGAGGGGCUGUAUGGGUGGGUGACUGUCAACUACCUCAUGGGAAACUUUCUGGAGGGACAUGCAUUUAACAGGUAUUUUCGACCAGAGGGGGCACAGACUGUGGGCUCCAUGGACCUCGGCGGAGCAUCAACACAGAUCGCCUUUGCCGUCCAGGAGGAUCUCAGGGGGGAAGACUACAGGCUUGUGAAGCUUUACGGAUACCCUUACAAUGUCUACACUCAUAGUUUCCUCUGCUAUGGGAAAAAUGAAGCAGAGAAGAGAGUUCUGGACAAAGUCAUACAGCGAUCAUCUGACCCUUCCUUCAUUAUAAACCCCUGCUACCCUGAAGGUUUCAACAUCACCUUAAAGGCCUCGACCAUUUAUGACACAGAGUGCACCAAGACGCCCACAAACUACAACCCAGAUCAAGCGUAUUUCAUGGUGGGAACUGCUGAUUCAGAUGGUUGUGGUAAUGCCGUCAAGUCCAUUUUUGAUUUCAAGACCUGCUCCGCACCCCAGUGUUCCUUCAACGGGGUGGAGCAGCCACCCGUCGUUGGAGAGUUCAUGGCAUAUGCAGGAUUCUUCUACACUGCUAGAGCACUGUCGGUGAAUGGCACAUCAGAUUUAGGUGAUUUCAGAGCUUUAGUUCGGAAAUUCUGCCACUCACAUUGGAAAGUGCUGAAGCAAGAAAAGACCUGGAUCUCUGACAGAUAUCUCAAGACAUAUUGCUAUGCAGCUCAUUAUGUCUUUAUGCUGCUGGCUGAUGGAUACAAGUUUGAUGAAGAGACAUGGAAAAAUAUUCACUUUGAAAAACAGGUAGGGGACACCAGCAUAGGUUGGAGUUUGGGCUACAUGCUGAGCAUGUCCAACAUGAUUCCGUCUGAAGUGAAAAUCAACCCCCCCAUGACAAACCCUGUCUUCGCUGGCCUUAUCUUUCUAUUUUCAGCUCUAACCAUCAUAACUGUCGUCAGUGUUUUCAUCCUCUGCAUUCGCAUGUGCUACUGAGUAUUAAAAAGGGAAAGAUGGGCCUUUUGUCUCUCGGAGAUGGCUGUAAUCCUUUAAGAGCACCACAGUAGCACAACUGAAGCACUAGUGACAGCUACUUAUAAUGAUGUUUUUGUUUUGUUUUUUUCAGCCUGAGCCAUUCACUGCCUCUUGUUUCAGUCAUUGGAGUUUUUGAAAAGGGAAACAAGAGUCUCAGAUUUUAAGCCUCACAGCAUGUUUGAACGGUUUCAAAUGUUCAAUUGGUGUUAUAACAUUAAAAAUUGUUAAAAACAUUAAAACAAAUUUUGUUCCUCAGGGAGGCCUUUGGUCUACAAUCAAAGGAUCUUAUUUUCAUUUUUUUCCCCAACCUAUUUACAGAGAAAUGUUGUUUUGGUGGCAUAUAGAUGACACGAUAGUUUUAUUUGAAAGUAGCUCAAAUGUUCAGAAAUGUUCUCCUUUUUGUCCCACGUUGUGUACCCUUAGAGUUACACACAAACAGGGACCCUCAGGCAAAAGCAUGACUAGCGAUAACCCCAUCAGUUGACUUUAAUUUUAAAGACUGUAGUAUGUAGACUGUUAUUGCACUGAAUGCAUCCCUGGUAUGGUAGCACUUUGUCCAGAUUUGAUGGUAGUGUUUUAUUGUAGUAUUUUAUACCAGUGAUACACAAUGAUACUCCACAUUUAAUGGAUAAAAACAUCUCUAAUAAAUA